AUGUCAGACCACGAAGAUCUUUAUCUGAAUGAGUUCUUCUCUACUUUUCCUCUUCCCGAUAGUCCUUCGUUGCUACCUUUCCUUUCCGAAGAUCUUGAGUCUCAGCCUCUGGAGCACCCAAAUAGCUAUGUGCCUAGUGGUACAUUCGACUACUCUGUGCCUUUUGCAGAAGCAGACGGCGGUGUAUUCAUGUCGGAGACCCAAACUCUUGCACCGGCUCUACACGAUCCCGCCAGCCUUGUUGAUGACGGUACCCUUGUAGACUUUUCAGCUUGGAUUAACGAAACCCCUUCGGAUUUUCUAGAUCCAAGUCUUCUGGGCAUAGACUGCUAUGACCUUUUCCCUGAACCAAGAAACGACAUGUCGUUCGCCGAUUCGUCCAUCUACUAUCGAGAAGCUGGUCCGUUAAACGUUACCGACCUUGAACAGCCCGAAAGUGCGCCUCACAGCAUACCGCCACCUGGACUAGAAGAUCUUGAGCUUAUGGAAACCCAAAAUUCCAUACCCUUCGAGUCGGAAUUGGCUAUCCCCACAGCAAGUACACAGUCAAACAACACUACCACAUUGCAAAAGAGGCCAUUGCUGGGCCCUACUCGCGAGUGGGAGCUGCCUCGCAAAAAGAAACGUGGAACAGCCGCUGGCAUGACCCAGGCAAAGCAAGGCAGCCGUACUAAGAAGGGAAAUGUGUGCAUAACAUGCCGCAAGAGAAAACAAAAGUGCAAUGGCGAAGUUCCGUGCAAUUAUUGCCUGGAGAAUUUGGGAUCACAGCUGCUAAAAGAGCCUUGUACAAGGCUUAAUUUCCUUGAUAUAGUGGAGGAAAAAUCUUGCUUUGAGUUCUCCAUUUCUUACCAGGACCUCGUUAUUGAAAAACAUGAUAGCGCGAGUUUCCUGGAACUAUUCACCACGAUUAAUGGUACUUUAAGAGAUAGGCUUGCCCAAGAGAUGGGUUUAAGCUUUCCAUCUAAAAACUUGGGUCUCAUCAGCUGGAAGCUUGCUCUCUCCCAGUUUCAGGCAUUUCUUGGAUUUGUGAAGGAUGAGAAGCGUAAUGGUAUCAACUACAUCAGCUCACUACCGACACCUGCAUCCAUCAUAAAAAAAACACCAGUUAUCUUUAAGGAAAGAUUUAAGGAAAUGAUGCCCCAACAUAGUCUGAACCAUAAGAAUUUGGAUCAAUUGGCCUUAUUGACCCACAGACUUCUUGCCUGUGGUUCGCAUUGUACUUCCUGUAAAACAAACGGUCUGACCGGCAUUCAGCUCAAUAUGAGUCACGAAAAGGUAGCUCAAGCUGCAGCCCAGCUUAUUGGUUGGCUUGCCGUACGAGACCACGAAAUAGAAAUAUUUUCUUAUUUGCAAAAGCCAGCGAAUAAGUUAAAUACACUUUCAACUUCGGAUCUUUAUGAUUUUAUUGCUUUACUCGUUACAGUGGUUUGGAUAUAUUCGGUUACUUCGGAUAGCCUAGGCGUGAUCUUACCCCCAAAACAAAAGUCUCUUGACCAAGAAACAAUCAAACAACUCACAAACCAUCGUCAACGCCUGCUUCUGGCCUUACUUUUUCAUGCAGACAUUGCAAUUUCAAAACUUCCGUCUUGGUCGAGAUCGGUCAGCUGGAAGGAGCUAGAAAAAAGAAUUCGGUUCAUAAAGCAUAAAUUUCGACACAUAUUCAUUAAUUUUGACCCUUUUUGGUCACUGCAUCAAGUCAAAAAUGAACGGAUAUCCACCCUUUUAAGCCGAAUUUCCCCUCCAUUUGAAAACCCAAAACAGCUUGAUCCCGAAGAUUUUGAUGGACAGUGCUGCCUGGACUGUGGAUGUCAUCGAAAUGGCGCUUUUGACAAAGAAUUCGAGAAAUUUGACCUACUUUAUAUGGAUGGACUAUUGUCAAAGACAAUGCCCGGAGGUUUCUAUGAAGUACAGGUUUCUAUGGUGUUUACCGUUGCAUCUGUCGACUGGCAGCUCGCAGUUGCGCGUAUUUCGUCUCGUUCAUUUGGUGCCAUAACUCUUAACGACCUUCUUUUCGAAUGGUUUACCAAGUUAUUGGAAAUCCGCUCAAAUUUGACUGAGAAUUGUUAUAGCAUGAAGAAAAUAUAUGAUAGCGGGUUGUUCACGGAAGUAGCUAUUGAAGGCUUUGAGAGUCACACCAAGAACAUUACGUCUGCAGGAAAUACAACGACGCCUCAUUAUCGGAAGGAAUUUAGGCGAAAACUAUUAGACCUACGAGAGGGCCUACGUUGGCUGACGCUCAAGAAUCUUACUGGUGGAGAGGAAAUUUAUCUUCUUAGUACCCAAUUGCGCGCUCGCGAGAAUGGGCGGAAAAUCGGACUGCUUGACAUUCCAUAUACCUUGAAACAUGGAAAUGACGAAGAAUUUGAUGGGCUAAUGAAGCUACUCCAGCCAUCCCAAUCCUGGAUUAGAAAAACCCUCCUGCAGCUUCGAGGAAUGGUUGGGUGGAUAAAAGAGCUAUCCGGUGUCUGCAGAUCAGACAGAGACCCGCACAGUUUAUCACAGCUAAUCCAGCAAACUGUCAAUCGUACUUUUGAAGGAAUUGACUUGAGAAAGAACCCUUCCGGACGCGAUCCUAGCCUUGAAAUCGAAUCAUUCUUUGGGGCCAGCCCAGAUGCAGUCGCCGAAAUUCUACGAGGUAUAAUCAAAAAAGGAGGGAACUUGAAUUUCAACCAAGUUGAGGACGACACUGAAGACGACAGUGAAGACAACAGUGAAGACGAUAGUGAAGACGAUAGCGAAGAAGAAGAAGGCAUCCACGAGGAGACAUCUUUAUUGAUGAAGAGUAUAAGAUCGUUGCUAAUCGAUUUGCCUAACGCUCAGGAGUGCGGAAAUUGUCCCGAAUAA